CUUUGAAGGACUUUUCCAACCCAACCCCAACCCCAUUCCAAGGUUCUACAGCAUUGGAGGACCCUUUCCAACCCAACCCCAACCCCAUUCCGAGGUUCUGCAGCCUUGCAGGACCCUUCCACCGCACCCUCCGUAGGAUUCUGGGAUUCCCCCCAAAACCAGCAGCCCGUUCUCAGAAACUCGAAGCGAGCUUUAGGGGCAGAAGGGCGGAUUUGUGUCCCGCCGCGAGCUGCUCCCCGCCCCGCCACGCCGCGAUCCGCUCCGAGCCCACGGCCGCGUCGCUGCCCGCGCCUCCCCCCGCUUCUCACCUCUCCCCCAAUGUCUUCCAGCCACUGGAGCUGCUGUGCGAGAAAUCCAUCGGCACCGCCAACAGGCCCAUGGGCGCCGGCGAGGCGCUGCGCCGGGUGCUGGAGUGCCUCGCCUCGGGGAUCGUGAUGCCAGAUGGUUCUGGUAUUUAUGAUCCUUGUGAAAAAGAAGCCACUGAUGCUAUUGGGCAUCUAGACAGACAACAAAGGGAAGAUAUCACACAGAGUGCUCAGCACGCGCUGCGGCUCGCCGCCUUCGGCCACCUGCACAAAGUGCUGGGGAUGGACCCCCUCCCUUCCAAAAUGCCCAAGAAACCAAAGAACGAGAACCCCGUGGAUUACACGGUCCAGAUCCCUCCCAGCACGACGUACGCCGUCACCCCGAUGAAGCGGCCCAUGGAGGAGGACGGGGAGGAGAAAUCCCCCAGCAAGAAGAAGAAGAAGAUUCAGAAAAAAGAGGAGAAAGUGGAGCCGCCGCAGGCCAUGAACGCCCUGAUGAAGCUGAACCAGCUCAAACCCGGGCUGCAGUACAAGCUGGUGUCCCAGACCGGCCCGGUGCACGCGCCCAUCUUCACCAUGUCCGUGGAAAUCGACGGCAGCACCUUCGAGGCGUCGGGGCCUUCCAAGAAGACGGCCAAGCUGCACGUGGCCGUGAAGGUGAGCGCCGCGCGGUGCGGUGCGGUGCGGUGGGGUGGGACAGGGUGGGAUGGGAUGGGAUGGGAUGGG